AUGGGUGGCGCUGCCGUGGCCGUUCUUGCCGCCGCAACCGCCCGCUGGAAAUCUGGUCCGUUCGUAUCCUUGUUCUCCAGGGCGGCGCGCAGGCUCCACGAUGCUGCAGAGACUGCAGCGGCGGAGGAGGACAAGGCAGGGACGAAGAGUCGGCGGCGGCGGCGGCGGAGCAGCAGCAGCCUCCUUCUUGGACCGGACUUCCCCGACAUCUGGGACCCUUCAUCGCGUGACACCACGCCGCAGGCUCCUCCGCGGUGUGCCCAAGCUGAUAAUGAUUGCACUGCAACCAUUAUUGAUGGCAAGUCCAUUGCGGAGGACAUAAGGUUACAUAUUGCUGAAGAAGUCUGUCAAAUGAAACGUUCAGUUGGACAUGUGCCUGGUCUAGCUGUUGUUUUGGUUGGUGAUAGAAGAGAUUCUGAAUCAUAUGUGCGAUACAAAGUAAAAGGCUGUGAGCAGGUUGGAAUUAAAUCUUUGUUGGCGAAGUUGCCUGGAAACUGUUCAGAAGAUGAAGUGAUGGAUUCAGUGUCAAGAUUUAAUGAGGAUCCAUCUGUUCAUGGCAUCCUAGUGCAGCUACCUCUACCAGAGUUUAUGGAUGAGGAAAGGAUUCUGAGCACCAUCAGUCUGGAGAAGGAUGUUGAUGGUUUCCAUCCCUUAAAUGUUGGUAAUCUUGCACUCAGAAGCCGAAAUCCUUUGUUUGUGCCCUGUGCUGCAAAGGCUUGCAUUGAGUUAUUGCUCCAAUCUGGGAUUGAACUGAUGGGCAAGCAUGUAGCUGUCAUUGGGAGAAGCAAAGUUGUUGGAUUGCCCACUUCCUUACUUUUACAGCGGCAUCAUGCCACUGUCAGUGUUAUCCAUGCCUUCACAAAAAAUCCAGAGGCUAUCACCCGCAAAUCUGAUAUUGUGAUAUCAGCUGCUGGAGUGGCCAAUCUUGUAAGGGGAAGCUGGUUAAAACAAGGUGCAGUGGUGAUUGAUGUUGGGACAAAUCCAAUCGAGGAUCCAACCAGUGAUUAUGGUUAUCGCCUAACUGGAGAUGUCUGCUUCGAAGAAGCAGUGCAUGUAGCCUCUGCUAUAACUCCAGUUCCUGGCGGAGUUGGACCAGUAACGAUUGCGAUGCUUCUUGGCAACACACUUGAUUCAGCAAAACGUGUUUAUGGCCUAAGUGACGGAACCCCCUGA